CAAAGAAAAAACGUUUGUGGUGUUGUUAUAAACUAGGGUUUUGUAUUCAACUUAGGGUUUAAUAAUAAUCAGUUUAUUUUUAUUUUCAUAAUGAAAAAAUCGAAUCUGAUUAAGUCAAGGACUUUCGAUAAUAUGCGGCCGAAGAUUUUUAAUUCUUGGGUUCCAGAAACCCAUCUUUGUCAGGUUGUUUUGAUUCCCUCUUGGAGGGUUCUCAAUGGUGAGGAGAGUGAGGAAAUACAUCAUCAAAAUUGGAGGGAGUCAAGAGUGCUUGAAGCAUUUUAUCCACGACAUUCUUCGAUUCCGACUAGUUCUUGUGUCUCUGCAGAAGUAGAAAAUGAACACUAUGAUGAUAGCCAAACUCCACUUAUCCCUUCAAUUCCCAUUGAAGAAGAAGAAGAAAAAGAAGUAUCACCAUCACUAGCCACCACCACAAGUUCCCAAGUUCAAAGUGACCAAACCUCUUCAACCAAACCAUCUUUCAAUUUGCUCAACAAAAUCUUAAGUGAUCCACAAACCAUUGAAAAGUUCAGACAAAAUGGACUAGCCAUCACUACAAGUUCCCAAGUUCAAUGUGACCAAACCUCUUCAACCAAACCAUCUUUCAAUUUGCUCAAUAAAAUCUUAAGUGAUCCACAAACCAUUGAAAAGUUCAGACAAAAUGGACUAGCCAUCACUACAAGUUCCCAAGUUCAAUGUGACCAAACCUCUUCAACCAAACCAUCUUCCAAUUUGCUCAAUAAAAUCUUAACUGAUCCACAAACCAUUGAAAAGUUUAGACAAAAUGGACUAGCCACCACCACAAGUUCCCAAGUUCAAUGUGACCAAACCUCUUCAACCAAACCAUCUUUCAAUUUGCUCAACAAAAUCUUAAGUGAUCCACAAACCAUUGAAAAGUUCAGACAAAAUGGACUAGCCAUCACUACAAGUUCCCAAGUUCAAUGUGACCAAACCUCUUCAACCAAACCAUCUUCCAAUUUGCUCAAUAAAAUCUUAACUGAUCCACAAACCAUUGAAAAGUUUAGACAAAAUGGACUAGCCACCACCACAAGUUCCCAAGUUCAAUGUGACCAAACCUCUUCAACCAAACCAUCUUUUAAUUUGCUCAAUAAAAUCUUAAGUGAUCCACAAACCAUUGAAAAGUUAAGACAAAAUGGACUAAUACCACCGGCCACCACCACCACCAUUACAGCCCCCGUCCUCGCCCCCGCCCCGAGUUAUGUGGAUGUGAACUCAGUGUCUAAAGACUUGUUUACUACCACAAAUCCAAUGCCCCCAAUGAAGGAUUUGAACUACUAUAGGAAUCUCAUUAGACAACAUGGUUGUGAAAAAGUUGAUGAGCACAAGGAACAAAGUGAUCCAAAAUCAAAACCUCUUAAUAAUUACAAACCAAAAAGAGAAUUGCGAUGGAAGAAAUUGAAACCAUGCAUUUUUUAUAAAACUUCAAAGGGGUGUCGAAAUGGGGACAAAUGCCCAUACCAACACGAUGAUGUGCCACCAACACAAUGGAGUGUUACCAAAGAUUUAGAGACUCAUAAUGCUAAGAGAAUGAGAUUAAAUGUUCAAUGCUAAAUGAAUGUAAUGAGGGAAUUGUGUUUGUUUAUAAAUCUCUAAAAGUCAUCAAUUGAAAGCUAUUAAGACUUAAAAAUUCACCUUUGUUGAGACUAAUAAAUAAAUGUUUUUCUACCAUUAAUUUGAAAUCUUAAUUUUUUUUUUGAUUAAAUUAUAUUUUUUUGACCCAAUUAAAUUAAUUAAUAAUAUCAAUCAAAUUGUACUUCACCAAAUCAGUGAAAAUAUUAGAAUAGAUAGCUACUUUUUUUAAGGUUAACAUAGACGAUUACUUAAGAAUGAAAGAAUUUACCAUUUCUCUUAAAAUAUAUAUAUAUAUGAAUUUGGAAUUAUUUAAAAACAAAAAGAAAAAAGUAGUGCUAGAAAUAUUAUUAAAACCAAACCAAAUGCUCCUUAAAAAAAAUAAUAAUAAUAAAUAAUAAUAAAAAAAAAAAACUAAUGCAUCAAGCAUAAACCAAACAUAACUUUUAUCUAAUUAUUAAAAUCCUAUUAUAGGGUGCUCAUAAACAUUUAUUUCGAGUGAAUCUAUUUAUUAUGAUCUUUUAAGAAUUCACUCAAAAAAAAACAAUGAUCUUUUAAGAAAAAUCUUCAUGAUCACUUUGCCAUUUUACCAUCUCUCAUAAUAAUCAUGACCACGCGAUUAUGUAUAUAGCUCAGUAAAAACCAGAUACAGAUAAAAAAGAAAAAGACUAUGACCAUGAAAAGUCCAAAAAUGGAAAUCAACAUAUCUAUAAAAGAUCAUGUGAAAUCGUUACGAGCUAUUAUUAGCUCUGAAAUAUUCAAAACAACAACCACAGCAAUAUUUUUCCCCAAACAAAAAUGUCAGUUGAAAAAUAAUUAGAUCUGUUUUUAGAAGGUGUCAUCAUCAAUCAAACCAACUUAAUAAGAAACAUGAAGCAGCAAGAACUGUCAUUGGUAAUAUUUCAGAAUCAUUUUCAGAAAUAUCUUCAUACUUUCUCCAGCUGCCCUCUAAAAUUCAACCAGUUCUCAUAAUGAUGUGAACUCCACUGUCGGUGUCCACAAUAUCACUUAUCUCCCCGACCUUAAGAGCAUAUGUUGCCUCUUCGAAAGGCUUCUGCAUCUGACCACGCCCAAAUGGACCUGUAAUGAUAAUUAACACUUGGUUAGGAGAACCUAUCCAAGGACAUUUUUCUGAAAAACCAAAGGUUGACACAGACAUCAAUGACGUUCUAAGAAACAAGAUGUAGUUCGAAUGGUCAAGCUCACGAGUCCAUCGACCACUGACUAGUGAGAACAGAUUGGUUUUAGGACUAAAAUAUAUUAGAUGAUACAAUUCAGUGUUCAGCCAUUUUUAGGUUCGUCCAUGUGAACAAGUUGGAUAUGUUUAUGCAAAUGUCAAACCAGGAUAUCUAAACAAAUUAAUCAUAUUCACGUAUUUGACAAAAAAACCACUAGGUACUCUGUAGGAUAGAGAAACAUGUCUGGAUUUGGUAAAAAAAAAUUAAGAUGUUAAAUAAGAUUGAAAAAAGCUACAGAACCUAAACAUCCCAAAUACGUGAAAGCUUUACAAAAUCUGAUAAAUAAUUCUUCUUUCACAAAAAAAAAAAACAAAGUCUUUUUUUUUAUAUUCUUUAUGUUCCUCAAAUACCAUUUACGCGAGACAUGUAAAAUGCAGGAAGAUCUAAGUUUUAACAAAACAGCAACUAGGUUAGCAACACAGCAUGUGUAGCAGAUGGAAAGAUGUAUGUCAUAAAAGGAAUGAUAAUCAUGGUCCCUCCCGGGAUCGGUUAUUUUCAAUUUUAGAUUAAUAUACAGCAUCUGGCUCCAACGAAUUGCGAUUUCCCUAUCGAGCCAGGUCAUUUCAGGACAAGCGGAUCAUUUACGGCUGUUAUUCCUAAAUUAUUUUAACGUUUUACAUUCGAACCGAAACGUAUAAUUCUGGAGAUAAAGAUAAACUUCUUUGCUUCAUUUAUUUUGAAUGGUCAAUUGUCAGAUAACAGAGUAAUAAAAAUAACCAAAAAUAGAAUAUCUAUAAGAUGGUUGGUCAAUUGUCACAUCUUGCUCAUAUUAUGACACCAAAAGAAGCAAAUUUUUAUCAGUAUAGGUUAUAACUUCUAGCUUCAUGAGAUUUGUUAAGUAAUAAAGUAUAUAGCUCUUGGCCAAUCUAAUCUCUCAGUUUCCAAAAGGCUUUCUAGCAUCUAAAAUGGAGCAAAAGAAAAUCAAUAAUCUAUGCUAAGCUACCAUUCUGUGAGAGAACUAUUAAGACUUAUGGUCCAAAUAUCAACUUCAAAGGUGAAAGCUUCAUCAAUUUCUCGGUUUGAGAUUAUUCUUAUUUUUAAUUUUUAUAUCCUAAAUAAAGCUUCCAUUGACAGAUCAAUUAAGUCCUUUGUUUUAGGACUUAAGCCCUAAACCACAGAUUCACAAAGCAAGAAUUUAAUUAAUUGAACAAAAAGAACCUUCAGAUUUUAGCUAUCCACUCCAUCACUCUUGUCAAACCCUAUUCUAAGAACCUAAAACCCUAAUCAAUUAACAUUCUCUAAUAGAGUUACGGACCAGCUAUAUCACAAAAACCCAAAAGCUAGGGUUUUUCAUGAUCCAAAAACAAAAAUUAAACAAAUUCAAUACGGAUAAAAACUCAUACCAAGAUCACCACCGCGCUUGGCGGAGCUGCAAUCAGAGAUACGAGAAGCGAUAUCUUCAAACUUAGACUUGCCAGAAACGAUAUCUUCACGGAGGGCUUUGAGUUGAGAAACAGCGGUUUCACGUGUUGUGUUUUUGAUUAUGCGUCCUUCUGGAUCUUUCCAGGAGGCCUUUCUCCUGGAACCCUGGUGUUUGAUGAGUAUGUGAGAAGCUUUGACUUGGUUUCCAGAGGAAGCCAUUUUCGGCUUUUUCUUGUUCAAAGAAGAGAUUUUUUGUCUGUCUUUGUUAUCUCUGUUCUUGCGGUGAUGAUCCGCCGCCGCCGCCGAAGACGGUGGUUCUUGAUUCUUCCUUUUACGAUCGGAGCCGGAGGACUCAAUUUUGUUAAGAGAGGAAAAGAAAGGAGAAACAAACUCCCUACACCACUAAUAUUUAAUUAUCCCAAUUUUAGAGUAU